AUGAAAAAAGAAGCUGACGUCUCUGAGCAGGCCGUCGAGCCUGUGGCUGUUCCGUUGGUCACGAGGCUAUUUUACGCGCAGAGAUUCAUAGAAAAGCAGUACGAGGAAGUGAAACACGAGGCACAUCUGCAGUGCUGGAACCAGUGGAUCUUCCGCUCUCUCAAGAUCCAGUCUCUCGAGCCCACUAGUGACUACACAACCUGGAGGGACGACAGUCUUGGCGAGCGCAACUCGCACUGGCUUGCGUGCGCCGGGCUUCUCACGACAGAAAUUAUGGGGGCCAUGCUGGUUCCCCAGAGCAUGUCGUAUCUAGGCUAUGUUCCAGGAAACAUCAUGCUAUUUGUAUUUUUUGGCUUUGCACUGGUGGCAGGCGGACUGGUCUGGUGGCUGUUCAUAUUUUUCGACUCUCCAGAGUACCCCGUGCGGACCUUUGCGGACAUUGCCGAGCUGCUUGGCGGGAAAACAUGGCGACACGUGAUAGUUUUUUUACAGGUUGUGGCUAUGAUUUUGACCUCUGCCACCAUCAUCAUUGGGGCGGCCGAGGGGCUGGAGAUUAUGCGGGACCAGCGCGUGUGUUUCUGCGGGCUCGUGGUGCUUCUGUGCGGCGUUCAGGCAGUCAUUGGCCAUUUGAAGCAGCUUAAGCAGCUCGGCAAUCUAUGCGUCUGGAUAUCUGUCAUCAAUUAUAUAUGCCUGUUUGCGCAGCUGGGGUUUUUCAAGGAGCCAAACUGGGACAACGCGAAGGCCGUUCUGGGCCUGGACCGCGGCGACGUCCACAGCUACGCCGUGGCUCCGCAGGACUUCGUCUCGCGACUGGUUUCCGUGACUAGUCUCUCGUACGUUUUUGCAGGGCUGCUGGUUUUCCCGGAAAUUCUGGCUGAAAUGAGAAGACCGUGGGACUUCUGGAAAAGCAUGCUGCUGGCGCAGGUGUGCAUCCUGGCAACGUAUCUGCUGUACGGGAACUAUGUGUACGCGAAACAGGGCCAAUUCUCAAACUCGCCGGCCGCGCUGGGCAUCGCCAACGUUGCCGCUCUGCGCGGCUUUGGAUUUGUCACAUUCAUCACUGGUUUCGUCCAGGCCACGUUCUACGGCCAUCUGUCGGCCAAAGUGUUCUACAAAAACUACCUCCCGGACAUAUUCAGGAACCUCCGGCUCAACUCGGUCCGUGGAACGCUGCUCUGGUCGGCCACGGUGUGUCUGAUCUGGGUCGUCAUAUUCCUUAUCAGUGCAGGUGUUCCGAACGUGAUGGCAGUGGCAGCGUUCACGUCUGCGCUGACGAUGAUCCCACUCACAUACAUGCUCCCGUACCUCUUCAACGUGUGGACGCUCUGUGUGAAGACCAACGCAGAAAACAUAAUUUUCUAUGAUGCAGCUGCUAUGAAAACGGAAGGGUACGAACAUAAGCUGAAAAAAUACAUCAAGGCGGGCAUUAGAGCUCAUAAGCGCCACUCGGGCGUCUUUCUAUCAAUUCUCGUACUGGCAAGCGUAUUUGCCGUCAUGGGGAUUGCGGGGUCCAUCGGAUACAUGGUGUAUGUGUUUGCGAAUACCUCGGCCCAGAGUUUCAGUUGCAAGUCGCCAAUAUAA